UUUGAGGGGCCCACCCAGACCUCAUUAAAAACUCCCCCAAAUCAGUCUGUUCAACUAAUAAUCCACAAACCUAGAAUCAUAAUUCUUGCUCAGGAGAGAGAAAGAGAUGUCUGGGUAUGAGAAUGUGAUUGGAGGAAAACUGAAGCUUAAGGGUAAGGCACUCGAUGUGAAGGCCGGCGGAGUGAAGAAGAAGAAGAAGCAGAAAAAACAGCAUGACCAAAUUUCUGAAGCUGUGGAGAGCGAGAAUGCAGAGAUAGCAAGUGAUUUGGAGAAGCAAGAGAGUGCUGAUCCUGAUAAAUCUACUGGAGAUGAUAGAUCUGCGAGCUGGGAUAGCAAUCUGACCCCAGCAGAGAGACGGUACAUGGAACAAAGGGAGAGAAUCGACCGUCAUAAGCUGGCAAAGACAUCUAACAAAUCACACCGUGACCGUAUUGAGGAUUUCAACCAGUAUCUUGCUAACAUGAGUGAGCAUUAUGAUAUUCCUAAAGUUGGCCCAGGCUAAGCAUCAUUCCACAUCCACCGCUUUGUUUCAAUCAUGUGUUUAUAAUCUGUUGUUUUGUUGGUCUAGACCACUUUUACCAACCUCAGAGAAGUUAAUCAAAUGUGUAAUCAUCUCUUGUUGACGUUUAUGUAGUGGUGUUUUCCUUCCAAUUUGACAUUGUAAGAUUCAGGAUUUAAUAUAAGCUUUGAGCUUUUUGGAAAA